GAGGGGGGGGACAUAAGGGCUGACAAAUUGGAGAGAGACGAUGGCUCCCAUUUUUCACUCGGAGACGGCUGGGUGUGGCUGUGGCGAGAGGAGAGGAGGGGGACAGAGGGACUGGAGAGGAUGGGGACAGAGGGAUAGAGCUUCGGCUUCGGCUUGAUGAGAAGGAGAGAGAGCCUGCGGCUUGCAGAAUCACGAUGAUAGAAGAAGAAGCUCAGAAGUCUGAUACGCCAAGUUGGAGAAACCCUAAAAACCAGAGAAGAAGAAGAAGCUCAGAAAUCGGGUGAGGAUGUUGACAAAUCAGCAAGCCCAGUUUCAGGUGACUCUGCAAAACCAACAACCUGACCUCCGACGAACGAUGUUAGAGGAGAUUCGUCAGAUUCGAGCCGAACUGAGGCCGUCGUCGACUGAGAGAACAUCAUCAAUCCCGACUUUUGGAUCGACUCCCUCUACCUCCUCCUUGUCCGCGACUCCUGCUCCGUCUCUCUUCUUGCGAGUUCACUCGGGUUCUGCUCCCCAGCUAUCUCAAGCACAAAAACUUCUCCAGUUUCAUUCGUCAGCUCAUACAUACAAACAAAAACAUAAACUCCUUCAUCUACGAUUCACUUAUUCCAUUCCAGAUAUUACUCGGAGAAGUUUGAAGGGCCCUGGGACAAGGGGGAUUGCAUUUCAGAGUAGCAGAAAUACAAGGCCACCCUCUCUUUGCUUGUCAUCUUCUUCUUCGUUCUUUUUUCAAUGGCAAAGCUGGACGAUCCAUGGAGCACAUGUUGUUGAGCCUUUUGCUGCUAUUGGUCUGGUCCAAUUCGAAUGAGUUGAUGGAGUACAAUCUUUAGGCCCGUUGGAGGAGCUGAAAAACCAGUCUUGACUCCGCCGACCGAGACAUAUUUCGAGAUAUGCUCCAGCUCAAUAACAAAUCAGACAUCAGCCCAGCAGCUUUUGGUGUGCCUGCGAAUGUUGAUUCGGCGAUGCGUUGACAAUAACAUCAAGAGGGAGAGAUUCAAAAGAUGUUCCCAGUGUAGCUGUUUCAGAGUUGAAGAGGAUGUUGAUGCUUUUGCUGCAGAAGUUUCAGCAAGAAUGACGGCGAGAUGCACACAAGGAUCAGGUGAAGAGACGAGAGAGAGAGAGAGAGAGAGCUCCAGAUCCAAGCCCUUACCAAAUCAGAAGAUAAGUGAAGCGAUUAAUCGGUGCUUUUGCCUUUUAAGCUAAAAGCGGCUUUUUUCCAAAAUCAAAAUGGAUUCAUUCGGUUGGGGACAACGAGGAAACUGCUGAGAGAGGGGGGGGGAAGGACUCCAAAUCCCGCGUUUUCUGUCCCAGAUUUUUAUGCUCCGAAAAUGCCCUCCCACACACUAUUUCAUUUCCAUGUCGUGAUUUCUUGUAAUGGGUAUUUUCGUAACUUAACGAACUACUCCGAUAAUUAAGCCCUUAGAGGUGGGGCCGUAACGCA